CGUUGUCGCUGCAACCUGCCCCCCGCGAAGACUGGUUCUGACAUUUCGAGCGUAGCCUGGCCAAUGGGGUCCCCCACCGCACCAACAACCAUACCCGAGCCCGAGUCAGCAACCGAUGCCUACCUACCAGAAUACCUACCAGAACCACGUUCCCGGCGCUCCCCACCCUCCGUCUACCAGCCAACACAGCUUCGGCGUUCCGGGUCUCAACUAUUCGUUUGCGUACAGUAACUGCUCGGGGAAGCGCAAGGCGCUGCUUAUCGGCAUCAAUUACAUCGGUCAGCGGGGACAGCUGCGCGGCUGCAUCAACGAUGUCAAGAACAUGUCGCGGUUCUUGCAGGAGAGAUUCGGCUACAACCCGAGCGACAUGGUGACUUUGAUGGACGACCAGCAACACCCCAAGAGUCAGCCCACCAAGCAGAACAUCUUGACUGCCAUGCAUUGGCUCGUGAAGGAUGCUCAGCCGAACGAUUCGCUGUUCUUCCAUUAUUCCGGGCACGGUGGCCAGACCAAGGAUCUGGAUGGUGAUGAGGGUGAUGGUUACGACGAGACGAUCUAUCCGGUGGACUUCCGUCAUGCUGGGCACAUCGUGGAUGAUGAGAUGCACCGCAUCAUGGUUGCCCCAUUGAAACCGGGGGUGCGCUUGACCGCCAUCUUCGAUUCCUGCCAUUCCGGGUCAGCGUUGGACCUUCCUUACCUUUACUCCACCUCCGGCAAGCAGAAGGAGCCGAACUUGGCCAAGGAGGCCGGUCAGGGACUUUUCAGUGCGCUGCAAUCGUACUCCAGGGGAGACAUUGGCGGUGUUGCUUCGUCGGCUUUCGGGCUGGCCAAGCGCCUCACCACCGGCAGAAACGCGGAGGAAAGGGCAAUGCGCACAAAAACAUCGCCGGCCGAUGUUAUCCAGUGGUCUGGUUCCAAGGAUUCUCAAACUUCUGCCGAUGCUACCGAGAACGGCGAGGCCACGGGAGCCAUGAGUUACGCAUUCAUCCGAGCGCUCACCAAGAACCCUCAGCAAUCGUACGCACAGCUUCUCAACAGCAUCCGAGACGAGCUGGCUGGAAAGUACUCGCAGAAGCCGCAGUUGAGCUGCAGCCAUCCAUUAGGUAAUGACGGACAACCCCUUGACGAGUCUGAGAUGGAGUUCCAGUUUUGAUUUCCCCCCCCCCCCCCCCCUGCCCGCUUGUCUUCUUUGCUUCAUUCACUGCAAUAUUCCCUUCAUUCUUCCGUUCCUUCCUCUUCUCGCCUGGUGCUUUGAUAUUUGUAUAAAUAGCUGUUGUUUCUUUUGCUUUU